GAUUAUCGAGGUGAAUUUUUAUCAAGGGUUUGUGAAAUUGCAUUUUUAAUGUUUUAAAUUUUAUUUUACUUCCUCAUUUUUGUGUUCUCUUCAAUUUUUGGAUUACAUGAGUUAUGAAUCAAAUGUUAUGCUCUCGCAUGUCAUCUUCUGUAUUGCAUUUUUGGUUCCCCUGGUUGGUGUAAUUGCAACAAGGUUAUCUGCAUAGUUGACUAGAAAUUUGUCUUCUCCGGGCUCUUGUGGGUAAGGGGUAGGUCUUUUAAUGGCAGUUGCAGGGAGAGAAGCUGACAGCCUAGAGCUUCCAAUGAUGUAGUGGCACAGAUAUCUGAGAAAGCUAUGUUUCACAGAAGAUUGGUCUACUGAUCUUGUGAAUUGGGUUGGUUGAUUUGAAGAAGAAAAAGCCUAUUUAUUGAUGUGGGUUUCCUUUUCCGUCUCUGGGUUGAAGCUUCAUCAAUGGCCGUGAUGAUGGAUUCCUUGGAUUUGCAGGGAAGAUAAAUUAAUGGUUUUGCAGCUCGGAGGAUUUGUUUUUUUGUGCCAUGUGGUGAGCUCAGAGGCCUGCACAUGGCGGCCCUAAUUCCCAAGUUUUGAGGCUGUAAACAGAUUAGGGUUUUGGGUAUUUCAAGGGAAUCAGAUGCAGAGGAAGACCAGCUGAUUGGUGUUAGAUUUCAGAAGCCCGGUUUUUUAGGAACAGUGGGAAGAAGAGUUGGAAACUGAGAGAGAGAAACAACCCAGAAAAUUUUCAGCAUUUCAUCUCCAUUUCUUCCCUCUUUCUCAACUUGUUUCCAUAUCAGUUCAGGUAUAUCUAUCCAUCCAUCUGUUUCUAAAUCUCUGACCACAAUACAGCUUAUAUUCACAUUCGGUUUCCUCUUCUUCCUCCUCGUUCUCUUUUCAUAUGCAUGUUAGUCAUAUCAGUACCAUUGUUCUGGGUAAAAUUUGUUGAAGUCCGGUAUGAGCUUUCCAUGGUUUCAGAGCAAGAAAGGUAGCAGAGUCUGCAAGUUUCAGAUUUCUUGCCCUUUCACUCUCUUCCCAAUUUUCCAAUAAGAACAGAUCUAUCCACAAGCUCCAAGGAAAUACACUCCUUGCAUUUCUUUUCUGUCCAAUAAAGAUCAUUUUUCUUUUCUCCUUCAUUCUCUCUUGAGGCUCCAAUGGCUUGUUCUCUAUGUGAUUUCAGAAACCCUACAAAAUGGAUUGCUGUUUUUCUUCCAUUUUUAGUCUCUGCUCCCUUUCUGGGUUGUGGGUUCUUCCUGCCUCUCCUGUUCGCAGCUUUAUUUGUCACUCUAUCAUCCAUUUUCUUCACCUUCUCAAGGCACAAACCAGUGGAGAAAUCCAUGGAAGCGGUGCCAGAGUUGAAGCCUGAAACUGAGAAAACCAUCACCCAAGAAGAUGGGAAGAAGGGCUACGUGGUUAGGCCACUGGAUUCAUAUUCAGAAAGUGAAAGCAUUGAUCAGAGUUCUUCAGUAACUGACCAGGACUCUGAAGCUGAAUGGCCAUGCUCUGGAGAUGCUGCCCAGAGCUGGGAUUUCUCAGAUGGUUCGAUCUCUGAUGAAGAAGGCCUAAUUGAGAUAGCCCUCCCAAGUGGGCACUAUGUUGGGGCCAAGCAAGAGGAGCCAAAGCUCAGUCUGCAGCAGAAGCUUCCAGACCAGCUUGUGGAGCUCUUAGCAGACUUUAAUGAGGUGAAUGAGGAAGACAACUUGAUAGAGAUUGACAUUUCCAUAGGAUCCAUCAAGUGUUCAAGGUUUGAAAUUGAAGCAUAAUAAUCAGUCUCAUGGUUUGAAAUUCGAGCUUUUUUUAUCCUUCCUGAGGAUUUGGCUUAAUCAAGAUCAUCUUUUAUGGACCUUAAUGUUCCAUCCUUUUUGAUGUGUGACAGUGCAGUGGAAUCUUAAUUUUUCUGCCCAAUUGAUGGUUUUUGAUCUUUUGUGGAUGUGGUGUUAAUAAGGAUUAGGGUUUUAGGGUUGCUCUAGAAGACUAAAACAGAACCUUGGAUACCCUUUAAAGCACUUUGUACCAUUGCCUUUUUCAAUUCUUCUUAAUGCAUAUUAAAGUAGCUAAGAGUUGAAAGGCAGCGGCCUAAUAAAUAGGUUUUCUCAUCACUAAUCUUUUUCUUUUUGUUGUCCAUUUGGCAUCAUGUCCUUUCCCCCACACUUGAAUACUAAGUUUGAAGAUACACUCCACUUGUUUUGUGGGUCUCAAAAAAUGGUGUCCACAUUACCUGCUUUCAAAAAUAUAUAUAUA